AUGUCGUGCAUAAGUGAUGCAUUUUGUAAAGCUGCUGAUAAGAUAAUUUAUCCGAUCCUACCUGAUUUCUUGAAGAAAUUCUGGGACCAUCCUUCUGGUCCUAAAACAGUAUUUUUUUGGGGACCAGCAAUAAAAUGGGGUCUGGUGUUGGCUGGUUUGGCUGAUUUGAUGAGACCAGUGGAAAAACUCAGCUUUUUCCAGAAUGUGGCACUUUUUUUAACGGGCGGCAUUUGGACACGUUAUAGUUUUGUUAUCACACCUGUCAAUUACAAUCUAGCAAGCGUCAACUUAUUUCUAUGUGGAACAGCGCUUUUUCAGUUGGCUAGGCUAGGCUAUUACGAGAUGUUUAAGAGCUCAUCCAUGAAUGCUACGAUAGUGAAUAUGACCAAUAUUUAA